GGCGCACUUCCGGUCUCUAUGGCUGCAACUUCAUCCGGGCCGGGCUUCUCUGGUUCGUUGUCUCAGCUGCUCUGGAGGAUUCAGACCCGAUUAGUGAAGUACCUCUGAUCCAACCAUGACCAGGUGGGCUAGAGUUACUACUUCAAAUAGUAAGCGACCCCUGUCAGCAACAUCAUGGGAGGACAUGAAGAAGGGGUCUGUGGAGAGAGCAGACCAAAGCCUUCCAAAUCGUAAGCAGUGUCAAAGCAGUGGGCUGUCCCUUAGAAAUGACUCACCUCAAGCAAAACGCAAAAAGAACAAAAAGAAAAAAGAGUACUUGAAUGAAGAUGUGAACGGAUUCAUGGAAUACCUGAAGCAGAACUCACAGGUGCUUCACAAUGGACAGCUGAUAGCAGCCGACAGCCGGGAAGUGAGGGAAGAAAUUGCCCUGGCCUUAAAGAAGGACAGUCGACGGGAAGGAAGGCGGCUAAAGAGACAGGCGGCAAAGAAGAAUGCAAUGGUGUGUUUCCAUUGUCGACAACCUGGCCACGGAAUUGCUGACUGCCCAGCUGUACUAGAGAGUCAGGACAUGGGCACCGGCAUUUGUUACCGCUGUGGGUCCACGGAGCACGAGAUGACCAAGUGCAGAGCUAAAGUAGACCCCGCGCUUGGUGAAUUUCCUUUUGCAAAAUGUUUUGUCUGCGGAGAAAUGGGACACUUGUCCAGAUCCUGCCCUGAUAAUACCAAAGGAGUCUAUGCUGAUGGUGGCGGCUGUAAACUCUGUGGCUCCGUGGAACAUUUUAAGAAAGAUUGCCCAGAAAAUCAGAACUCAGAUCGGAUCAUCACGGUUGGUCGCUGGGCAAAGGGAAUGAGUGCAGACUAUGAAGACGUGCUGGAUGUGCCCAAACUGCAGAAACCUAAAACCAAAGUACCCAAAGUUGUUAAUUUUUGAUACUAAUUGGUACAGUUGUUAAUUNCCACCUCAAGGUUACUUUCCAAAGUCAGCCUUUAGAGAUAGAAGCUGGGCACCUGUGGAGGCAAACCUGUGUUACAGACACCACUCUGACCUUGGUGGGCUUAGCUUGCCUACAGUCAAUCUAUCAAGGAGUACAGGGGAUUAAUUACACUCUCUAGAAAUGUGUGUGUGUGUGUGUGUGUGUGUGUGUGUGUGGUCUGUCUAUCUGUCUGUGUGUCUGUCUGUAUUUGAAGCAGAUUCUAUGUAGCCCAGGUUGGCUUCAAACUAAUAACCCUGCUCCAGCAUCCAGAGUACUGUGCCUAAGAGCAUCUUUUAACAGAUGGAACUUAGAAAUGACUAAAUGCCUCUAUACCUGAUUAUAGCAGUCAUCACUAUAAAUGUAGAUUAUGAAUCAAAAUUGACCCCUAAACAAAGCACAUGCUUUUCAGCUUGUGAAUCAAAAAAUAUUUUGUUAUAUGCUCUUAAUUCAGAGUAUCAAUUUUUUGUAAUAGAAAUUUAUUUAUAUGUUGUCACAAAAUCUGUAAUUCUUAGUACUGAAUAAAAUUAUAUCAACUGUUU